UCACCUGCUCAUCAAUUUUUACUCCACUCCCACUGUGAAACUGACAUGCCAAUGGAAGACCCACCACCACCGCCACCGUCCUCCUACACCGGCUCGGGUGCGUCCAUGGCAAAGCCUCGAAGCUACUGGCGGUGGAGCAAGCGAGACUUCUUCCCUGAGCCAUCGUUCGAGAGUGGGAAAUCCUACUGGACCGCAGUGGCGAACACGUGCCCACGCCUGAAGGACCGCCUCCUGAGCCGCUCGAGCGACUCCCACGAGCUCCUCGUCCUCCCCCAAGCCAGCGAGAACCGCAUGAAUCGUUGCCUCACGUGGUGGGACCUCACGUGGCUCGCCUUUGGCUCCGUCGUCGGGUCCGGCAUCUUCGUCGUCACCGGCCAAGAAGCCCGCCUCCACGCUGGCCCCGCCGUCGUCCUCUCCUACGCUGCCUCCGGCUUUUCCGCCCUCCUUUCCACCCUCUGCUACACCGAGUUCGCCGUCGAUGUCCCCGUCGCAGGCGGCUCCUUCUCCUUCCUCCGCAUCGAGCUCGGCGACUUCCUGGCCUAUGUCGCCGCCGGCAACAUCCUUCUGGAAGCUCUCGUCGGCGCAGCUGGCCUUGGGCGCUCCUGGUCCUCUUACUUCGCCAGCAUGGUAAAAAACGACCCGGAUUUCUUCCGGAUCCGGGUCAACUCCUUCAAACCGGGGUUCAACAUGCUGGAUCCUUUGGCCGUUGUGGUUCUCUUCGUCGCCAACGGCAUUGCCGUUAGCGGGACAAGAAAAACCUCGAUCUUAACCUGGCUCAGUUCCAUCGUCACCACAUUAGUAAUCGGUUUUAUCAUCGUGAUUGGUUUCAUUCACGGUAAAACGUCGAACUUGACGCCCUUUUUCCCUCACGGCGUUAACGGUGUUUUCAAAGCCGCUGCUGUGGUGUAUUGGUCGUACUCGGGGUUUGACAUGGUGGCGACGAUGGCUGAGGAGACGAAGAACCCUUCGAGGGAUAUCCCUAUUGGUUUGGUUGGGUCAAUGACGAUGAUUACGGUCAUUUAUUGCAUGAUGGCUUUGUCACUUGUGACGAUGGUUAAGUACUCUGAGAUUGACGUGGAUGCUGCUUAUUCUGUGGCUUUUGUUCAGAUUGGGAUGACUUGGGCUAAGUACCUUGUGAGUAUUUGCGCGUUGAAGGGAAUGACAACUAGCUUGCUGGUUGGGUCCAUGGGGCAAGCUAGGUACACAACUCAGAUCGCGAGGUCGCAUAUGAUCCCUCCCUUUUUCGCCCUUGUUCACCCCAAAACCGGAACCCCUGUUAAUGCCACUCUGUUGACCACUAUAUGCAGUUCUUUGGUUGCUCUUUUCUCUAGCUUGGAUGUUUUGUCCAGUGUUUUCUCUAUCAGCACUCUUUUUAUUUUCAUGCUUAUGGCUGUUGCGUUGCUCGUGAGGAGGUAUUAUGCGAGGGAGAGCGCGGCCAAGAGUGACUUGGCGAAGGUUGUUGCGUGCUUGUUGGUUAUUAUUGGUGCUUCUGCCGUGGGUUCUGCGCUUUGGAACUCGGGGAAGCUGGGUUGGAUCGGCUACACCGUGGCUGCUUGUGUUUGGUUUUUGGCUACGCUGGUGAUGGGUUUGCUUCCCAAGCAGAGGGCUCCCAAGGUGUGGGGCGUUCCCUUGGUUCCAUGGCUCCCAUCGUUGUCCAUUGCAACCAACCUCUUUCUCAUGGGCUCCUUGGGUUCUGAGGCUUUCUGGAGGUUCUUAAUUUGCACUGCUGUCAUGUUUCUGUAUUAUUUGUUUGUGGGUGUUCAUGCAACUUACGAUGUUGAACAUCAUAACAUUAGUCAGCAAGAAGCAAAGAAUGCCAGGAUGCCAAUCAGCUAGUGAGAGUGACUCUCCAAGUUUCGUCUAUGCAGGUUGAACAAUUCAUUAUUGACGGUAGCUGCUGCAUGUUGGUGUGACAUAACAUCUACCUGCAACUUUCAGCACAAUUAAGCUUUCUGUGCUAUACAUUGAAAUUAGCCUCUUUUUUUAUUGUAAAGGGUUCUUUGGAGGAUGGACAUAUUAUUUAUAUGCCAUUUGAUUCGAAACGUUUUGCUUUUGUUUGAAAUGUGAAUCGUUGAUACAGUUAGGUUUAAAUUAACUUUGUCCAGAGGUGUAGUAUCCUGUUCAUGGUUCAUGAAUCAUAGGUCAUUCAAGUUUAUAUUAUCAUUUACAUUGUGCAUUGUGGCAUACUGGGAUUUAUCUCCCGUAACUUGUUAUUCUUGCACUUAACUGUGGAUAAUUCUGCCACCAUUGUUAUCAUUAAGCAGAAGCUAGAGGCAUGCCAAAUAUAAUCGGUUUAAUCAACAAAUAUU